AUGGCGCUGCGGCGCCUCCUGCUGCUGCUGCUGCCGCUGCUCUCGCUCCAGCUCCUGGACCUGCUGCCCGGCGCCUGGGGCGCCCGCGGCCGCGCCGCCAACCGGACCCUGAGCGCCGGCGCCGCGGCCGUCGGGGGCCGGCGGCCCGGGGGCGCCCUGGCCCGGGGCGGCCGCGAGCUGAACGGCACCGUCCGGGCGCCCGGUGGCCCGGAGGUGGGGAGCCGGCGGGGGCAGCCCGCGGCGGCGGUGGCGGCGGCGGCCAGCGCGCCCGUCACCUACGAGACGUGCUGGGGCUACUACGACGUGAGCGGCCAGUACGACAAGGAGUUCGAGUGCAACAACAGCGAGAGCGGCUACCUGUACUGCUGCGGCACCUGCUACUACCGCUUCUGCUGCAAGAAGCGCCACGAGAAGCUGGACCAGCGCCAGUGCACCAACUACCAGAGUCCGGUGUGGGUGCAGACACCCAGCACCAAGGUGGUGUCGCCGGGGCCCGAGAACAAGUACGACCCGGAGAAGGACAAGACCAACUUCACCGUCUACAUCACCUGCGGGGUGAUCGCCUUCGUCAUCGUGGCCGGCGUCUUCGCCAAGGUCUCGUACGACAAGGCCCACCGCCCUCCUCGGGAGAUGAACAUCCACAGGGCUCUGGCCGACAUCUUAAGACAACAGGGACCAAUCCCCAUAGCACACUGUGAAAGAGAAGCUAUCUCGGCUAUCGAUAGCUCUCCCAAAGAGAACACGCCGGUCAGAUCAUCCUCCAAAAACCACUACACUCCCGUGCGCACGGCCAAGCAGACUCCAGGACAUUAUGGGAAGGAUGCUUACCGAAGUGGAGGACCUGAUCUCCAUAACUUCAUCUCAUCUGGAUUUGUCACGUUAGGAAGAGGACACACGAAGGGUGAUCAUCAGUAUAACCAUCCGAUUUUAAGCAGCGCUACCCAGACCCCUACACAUGAGAAGCCUCGGAUGAACAACAUCCUGACAUCGGCCACCGAGCCCUAUGACCUCUCCUUCUCCCGCUCCUUCCAGAACUUGGCCCACCUGCCCCCAUCCUACGAGUCCGCAGUGAAGACCCAUCCCAGCAAGUACUCAUCCCUGAAGAGGCUAACUGACAGGGAGGCAGACGAGUAUUACAUGAGAAGGCGGCACCUGCCCGACCUGGCCGCCCGUGGCACCCUCCCCCUCAACGUCAUCCAGAUGUCCCAACAGAAGCCGCUGCCGCGAGAGCGACCCCGCCGGCCCCUCCGGGCCAUGUCGCAGGACAGGGUCCUGUCCCUGGAGCGGAGCCUGCCGGAUGAGUUCUGCAUGCCCUACGACCGCAUCCUGUCGGAUGAGCAGCUGCUCUCCACGGAGCGCCUGCACUCCCAGGACCCGCUGCUGUCCCCGGAGCGGACGGCCUUCCCCGAGCAGUCCCUGUCGCGGGCCAUCUCGCACACGGAUGUCUUUGUGUCCACGCCCGUGCUGGACCGCUACCGCAUGACCAAGAUGCACUCCCAUCCCAGUGCGUCCAGUAACUCCUGUGCCACCCUGGGCCACAGCCAGACGGCGGCCAGGCGCCAGGCCUUUGCCUCACGCAGACACAACACCGUGGAACAGCUCCACUACAUCCCAGGCCACCACACCUGCUACACAGCCAGCAAGACAGAAGUGACCGUGUGACCGGCGGGGCAGGCAGGCCAGGGGUCGAGAGGGGCCUGGAGCAGAGCUUCCGGCUCUGGAUGGCUCCCUUCCCUCGACCCCUCUGUAGGAGCUGGGGGUGCACCGCCUUUGCCUGGAAAGCCGUACUCCUGGGACAUGGCCGGUGGCCUGGCACAGCGCGCUCGGACCUGGGAUCUAGAGCGAUCACCCUCACUCUUCCAGAAGAAGUGAAGGGGAGGGAGGAGCGGGGCUAAGCCCCAGUCCCGCCCCCCACCUCCACUGUCACCAACUCCCUUUCAGUCCCACAUCCCCUCUCCCCGUGCUGGAGACCCUGGCCUGACCCUGGCCCGAAGCUGCCUGGGUUUGAAUUGGCCAGUGGGUGCAGUCAACGGGCUGACCCUGACCGAAUAGGCUACUCGGUCUCAUUCAUUUACUUAAAACCGCAUCACAGAAAUCUUCUAGUGCCUAAAAACUGCCUGCUCGCUCUCUCAGAGCCAGGGAGCUGCUGUGUCCAUAAGCACAAUAAUGAUUCUCUUCUGCCUGCUGGAACUCUCUGGUCCCCACUGGGUGGCCCUUCCUCCGCCGACGCCCUGGGGCCCUGUGCCCCUCCCCUAAGCCCCGGGACAGGGAGGGGUUCCCUUCCUUCAGCUGCCUCUCCACGGGUGGGAACCCCGCCCCAUUCCAGCUGGCUGCCCUGCCCACAAGGCUCUGCCCCUCCCCCAGCCUUAGAUUCCACCCCUGGGUUCGCUGGGGCUUUGCUCUAGUCCUUCCAGAAGAGAGCAGGGACGGGGUGCAGGGACUUCUGGGGUGCCCUCCCCAGCAACCUGGUGAUCUCCACACUUCCUCCAGGCCUCUAGGUCUGAACUGUGACCUGCCACUCUGGCCUGCCUUCCCCUCCCCUGCUCUUCUCCCAAGAGGCGUCUGCCCCUGGCCAGAGAGCGGAGGUGGGGAGGCCACUGUGACGCCCUGGGCCUCAGGGGCUCGCCAUUCCCAUCGCCCAGGGCUCCCACCACGCACGUCAGGCAGGACAGAGGCUCUGGCUUCUAUAGAGGGGCAGCUCAGCCCCAGCCAAGGAGGACCCCAGGUGGCUGUCCUGCGCCUUGCCUGCUCCCCUCUCCCCAUCACUGCCCCCCUGCUUGGCCCCUUCUCUGUUUAGAACUUGCUCUCUCUGCCUGUUUCCCCACCCCUCCCCCACCUCCCAUGACUCUCUCCCGGCUGCUGCUUCUACAGACCAGUGCCUCCUUUGGAUCAAAGGGACAGAGACCCAUUAGCAGACGCAAAUAAUGGUACUCCAGGCUAUUGGUCUGGGAGUUAACUGGGUAGCUCCCCAGUCGCUCCCCUGAAGGGGGCAUUGGGCGCCAGGCAGAUCCAUGCCCUCAGCUCUAUUGGGGGGCUGCCCCCGCCAGCCCAUCUCUUCUCUGCCUCCAGCCUGGGGAGGGGUGGGCAGGAUAUGACAGCCACCUGGAGAGCAGACAGUGAACGAAGCAGCAUCCACUCCCUGGAGACUACAGCCUGGGGUGGGGGAGAGAAGGGGCUCCCCCAUUCUCAGAGCCAGGGUACCUCCCUGGGCUGGAGCUGGGGGAAUCGGCUUCAGACUAUUGGGUGAAGGUAUGAUACUAAAAAUGUGACUGCCGCCACAGUCAGACUCCAAAAGCAAAGACCUUAAACUGGGCUUUUAGAUUCCCCAGUUCCGCAUACAAUAUGUAUGGCCCUUUAAAAAGGGGGGCGGGGCAGGGAGAACUCCCCAGUGUCAGACCUGGGAAUUUUUAAUCUAAUCCACGGAGAAAUCAAUUGACUGAUUCCUCUUACUUAUUCAAGAAUUCCAAAGCUCUUGUUCCCCCCCUCCCCUCAAGGCUCACUAUCACAUGAAUCAGGAGGGGAUUGAGCUGGGGGUGAGGGACACAGGCCUUAAGUCCCCAAUGGGGCAGUGUCACUGGGUCUGUGAGGCUGUGAGGACAGGGAUAAGUCUGCUUUCCUUCCUUACAAACACAUAAACCUUCUCAAGGGCUGGUCCCUAAGGGUUUAUGAGACUUUUUGGUCCAGAAGGUGAGGCUAAGAGGGUUGGGCUGGAGGCAAUCAACUGUUCCUGGAAAUGAACGUGUGUCUGUCACAGCUGGUCCCCUCUGCCCACUGCUCUCUAAUCCAGCCCUUGAAGUCCCCUUGAAGGCUGCCUGCUGGGACAGAGGGGAAAGGACGUGAGUGGGUGAGAAUCCCCUCACCGGGUGUCUGCACACACAUAUAUCUGAACCAGAAACCAGAUUUCAUUCUGUGUCUGAAGCAUCAUCUCAGCACCAAGUCCUCCAGCCCUCAGGACGAUGCUCCUCCCAGCCCUGUGUGUCUGUCUCAGGGGUUGUUUGAUAGAUUGAUUCCAAAACAUUUCUCAUCCCAGCAUUCCUGCUGCCCAGUUUAAAACCUCUGGUAUCACUCGGAUCAAAAAAUUCUACCUGAACCAUUACUUCUUUUAAAUGAUUCUUCUGCUUCACCCUUGGGUUUGGAAGGAGUGAGGGAGGGAAGGAAGGAAGGAAAUAAGAGAAAGAAGUCUACAAACUUGCUCCAGUUCAGUCCCUCAUUUCAAAAUCCACACAAUGAUGUCUUAACUGGGACACAGCAGUAUCUCAUUUAUCGGUCGUGCCAUCCAUGUUUGCAGAAUAAGCAAAGCCAAGUUACCGGACAAGUUCUUGUAGCAGAUAAGAGAGGGUUCUGGGGCUGGAACCCAGAUGUCCUGACUUCCAGCCUCACCAGGCUGGUGGCCACUACCACACUUGGAAGGGCUGGCCCUUCCCCGACAAUGGAAGCCCGCCUCCCCCAGCAAGGGAAGCCCAAAGCCCAAAGUUUCCCUCUGCUUGCCCGGCUCUCUGUGUGAGUUUCCAUUGCUCUGCUGGGAAUGCACUGCGGUCUGCAUGGAUUCUCUCCUGCCCUGAAGGUUCUAGCUGAUCUGCUUGGCCUUUAAUGACAGCGAAGCUCUCACAAUCUGUCAUGUCCUUCCACCUUUCCUGCCUCACUUCCACCAGUGAACUCCUGGCUCCGUGAGCUCAUAAGUCACAAAGGCUUUCCCAUGAAUUCCUUUAACCCGCUAAAUGGGCUUCUGCCCUCAGGGCUCCCCAGUGUCUUGGGUGAUGGGUCUGCCUUCUAGAAAGUUCCAACCCUUCUCUUAAUUCAAACGUCUUCUCCCCUCUUUCCACUCUCCCACCUGGAAACUCACCUCAGUCUUCUACACCCAUUCAGCCCUUCCUCCCUCUCAUCUCCCCCGCCUUGCCCUUUUCUUCCAUUUACCUCUCUCCAUCCAUACUUUCUUUUCCCUGGUCCUGCUUUACUUUCUGGUUCUAAAAUGAGAGCUCUCAAUGAAAACAGUCCCAGAAUGAGACAUUCUUCAGGUCUCUGUUGGCCUCAUUGGUUUAUUCUUCACCUCCUGCCCCUACGAGAUAAAGGAUGGGAGCUGCUCUGUCAGAGGCCUCAUGGGUCAAAGAUCAGCUUUGGUUCCUACAGCUGGCAUGUCCCUGAAGCGUCUGCCCCAGCCUAUUGCUAGCCCAGAGGCUCCUGCUCUGGCCAAAGAUUCAUAUCCUUUUUGAGGGCUCUUGGCCACUGUUCCAUCUCACUUGUGCCUGUCCUGCUUAUGUGUGUCACAGAUCCCUCUUUGUCCCCAAAGACUGGAGAGCCUCAUGACUCUCCAAGCAUGGGGAAAUAUCCGUUCCAAUAACCCUGCUACCAAACAAUCCAUUUUCUUCAGAGAUAUCUUGUCUGCCACCAGCCUUCUGGCCUCAAGAUUCCAUUCACAGGCAACUGUGGACCCGACCCAAGGUAAUCUGCAAGGGUUGCCAAUGACCUGGGUCCUAGGAAGCACCUGCUCUGUUCCCCCCACAUACCUUCCUCCACCAUCCUCCCCAAACCUGGGAAACUUGGCUCUGGAGUAUUUUCAAGGAAGCUCGUUGUGUUUCAAUGAAGUGUUUUUCAGGGUUCCUAUUUAUAUAUAUAUAUAUAUAAAUGCAGCAUUUUAGUGACAGAUUCGAUAUGAAAGCUAUGUCUUCCUAGGCUCUAUAUUUGAUUUCAGAAGGCAGCGUACUACAGGAGGAAAAAAGCACAGGGCUGAGGCUCUUGGAGACAUGGCUUCGGCCCUGGCUUUGUCUCUGUCUUGCCAUGUGACCAAGGACGAGCCACGUCCUCGCUCGGCGCCUCCGUUUCCCAUCUGUAAAGUGAGGGGCUUUGAGCAAAGGAGUUCUGAAGUUUCAUGCCGCUCUUACAUGUAGGGCUCCCAUUCCCCAUUGGCACCCGCUCCUCUCUGCAUUCCUCCCCUCCUCAACUGGGCUGCACGCAUCCGAUUCCACCCGCCCCACGGCGGCAUCCUCAGAUGCCCUAGGCAGCCACCAGACUCCUCUCCAGCACCUGGGGUGGGCCCUGUGGUCGCAGCCACCCAGGGGUGCUCUCCUGUCUGACGGUGUAAGAGCCUACCCAUUCAGUGGGUUACCAACCAUGUGUCAUGGAUUCCCCCCCAUCUAGACACACCUAAAUCAUCUUAGGUGUCUGUGUCGUUGGGGAAUUCUGAAGUUUUCAUUUUGAUGCGGUCCUUAAAGCUGGAGGGAGGUGGUUCUGAUUUCAGAGAGGGGACAGGCUAGAGGAGAAAGGUCCAGAGGUUGGCCCACAAUGGCAUGAAGUUUGUAUCUGAGGGCAGCUUGGAAACGCAUUCCAAGCCACAGAGGGGAAUGCACAGCAGAGCCCCUGUGGGGCAGUGGAUGUUAUAUCCCCCUCCAGAACCUGUGUCCCGAAGACCGAGCCCAGACACUGGGCUCCGUUCACCUGGAGGAGGAGGAGACAUCCCCCCUGGGCUGCUAAGAGGUGGGCACCCACCCCAUCCCAGUACCUUUCUAGCCCCUCCUUGUGACCCUGUCAUCCUCCCGGUGAAAGCUUGUGAAGAAGCAAGAAUUGAGAGUCCAAGCCAGUAUCAUUGAACCCAUCUUGUAAAUCGACAAACACAUCAACCAUCCAUCAGUCAGAGAAAUGACGUCAUAUGUUUUCUUAAUACCCUCCCUCCUGAGGGAGAGGAAGACCCCUGCUCAACUUUGCUGUCCACUCCGCUGUGACCCUUGAAUGCCACUGCCUGGGAGGACUCAUUCAUUUGCUUCGUAGUGGCAAUAUUCCUCUAGUUCUAUAACUCAACUAGACAUUUUGUAGUAAAGAAUUCUUGAAAUUCUCUAAUUAAAAAAAAGCAAUUCUUACUGUAAUGUUUUUAGUUUGGGGACACAAUUUCCUAAGGGGAGAUUAAUGAACAUUUUUACGCAUUAGCCCAAUUUAUGGAUUCCAUGUUUAUUACAUAUGGUAGUACUGAUGAAAAGUACCUUUCUAUCUGUACCUUUGCACAGUUUCUUCAUUCCUCAUAAGUAAGCUUCACGAUGAGCAGUGCUCCUGUAACUGCUGCUUCUGUACAAAUCUCAUUGUUCUACUUACCUGUCAAAGCACAUUCUGUAUGUACUGUAAACAGAUAUCACUUUAGUAAGAUUUAGUCUUAAGGAUUUUUCCACUUUUGUCAGUAACAGAUAUUUAUGGAUUAAAAAAAUAAUAAAGCCGUUUCAACAUAA